CAUCUCUACUCGCCGCCCACCUCAGCUUUGCCUUCUUCCUCAAGGCAAGCGCCAAACAAAAUAAAAACUCCCCGUCAUAUUUGGAUACGAGCCUCGGAACUCCGCCAUAACCCGCACUCUCAGUUCGCGAACCCUCCUCUUCUUCUCUCUCCCAGGAUGGAAUCCCAAAAACCUCAAUCCGAAAACAAUCCAGCGAUAACCUCAUGCCGAAAGAAGAUAUCAGAGGAUGCCACCUUUUUGCAAGACCUGAGAGAUCAUAUUGAUGAGUUUAUUCAUGCUUCCAUGGAUGAGCACAAAAUUUGCUUUAAGAAGACCAUUCAAAAGAUGCUUGGAAUGUCCAAGGUUGUUGCAGAAAGGACUGCAGAAGCUAAAGAAGUCGAAAGUUCUUUGUCCCUUCAGACAACCGUGUCUCAGUGAGAAUCUGAAAGUUUGUUGUGUCCGAUGUCUUGUUUCUUUAUGCCCGUCUUCCAGGGUGAUAACAUUCUGUGUGUUUUAAGGCUUGCAUCAGUGCUGCUGUUGGGUGGGAAAAAUUAUCACAGCAAAAAAGGGUCUGAAAAGAGCCUUCUGCUUUUUUCACAAAAUAAUGCUGUAUGGUUUAACGGAAUCAUGGAUUCCAAGCUUUUUUCAAUCUAUACUACCUAGACGUUAGAUUGAAAAAUCUUGAUCAUUAGGGCCGGCAAUUUUAGCC